GUGGAUGCUGUGCAAACAUUAGAGGCGAAGAUCACUACCUGAUGCUGAGCAGGCGAUGGUGGAAUAAUUUAGGGUGGUGGUGGAAGCUGUCUUAACAUUUGUGGCACAGGUCGAGAAUCCACGUCUGAUGUGGCUGACAGGAGUAACAGAGUUGGUUAUCAGAGAGUGGAAGGGGAGGAGGGAGAAUCUGAAGGGGGUUUUCUGUGUGUGACACUCCAGCGGCCAUGUUAACCAAGAAACCCUGCGCUGCCGUCUACUCGACUGGCAAAGGGGGUGAGGUUGUUUGCCAGCCACAGUCUUCCCCCGGAAUCGGUGUUGGGGGUCCACGGGACGGAGCAGAGACCGAUUCGCCGUCACCCGUCACAUUACCUCCCCUCAGGAACACCAACACACUUACGCUCGGAGGCAAUAAGCACACAAUGAAUGAGCACCUGCACGUUGGGAGCCACCAGCAGAUCAACGUUCAGCAGCUGUUCGAGGAGAACAGCAACAAGCGGACAGUGUUGACGACGCAGCCCAACGGGCUGACACCGGUGGGCCGGCCAAGCCUCCCGUUGCCGGAGCGACAGCAGGAGAGCGGCCAGUGUCGGCAGGCCAGCUCCUCCUCCCUUAAAUCGUCAGAUGGCAAGCCCAAGCCCGCCCCCAUGACCCCGGAGCAGGCUAUGAAGCAGUACAUGUCCAAGCUGACGCCGUUCGAGCACCACGAGAUCUUCAACUACCCCGAGGUCUACUUCACAGGUCCAAAUGCCAAGAAGCGGCCGGGCGUGGUGGGCGGCUCCAACAACGCCGGCUACGACGAUGACCAGGGCUCCUACAUCCACGUGCCGCACGACCACAUCGGCUACCGCUACGAGGUGCUCAAGGUGAUCGGCAAAGGCAGCUUCGGCCAGGUGGUGAAGGCCUACGACCACAAGACGCAGCAGCACGUGGCGCUGAAGAUGGUGCGCAACGAGAAGCGCUUCCACCGGCAGGCGGCCGAGGAGAUCCGCAUCCUGGAGCACCUGCGCAAGCAGGACAAGGACGCGGCCAUGAACGUCAUCCACAUGCUGGAGAACUUCACAUUCCGCAACCACAUCUGCAUGACCUUCGAGCUGCUCAGCAUGAACCUCUACGAGCUCAUCAAGAAGAACAAGUUCCAGGGCUUCAGCCUGCCGCUGGUGCGCAAGUUCGCCCACUCCAUCCUCCAGUGCCUGGACUCGCUGCACAAGAACCGCAUCAUCCACUGCGACCUGAAGCCCGAGAACAUCCUGCUCAAGCAGCAGGGCCGCAGCGGCAUCAAGGUCAUCGACUUCGGCUCCAGCUGCUACGAGCACCAGCGCGUCUACACCUACAUCCAGUCCCGCUUCUACCGGGCUCCCGAGGUGAUCCUGGGCUCACGCUACGGCAUGCCCAUAGACAUGUGGAGCCUGGGGUGCAUCCUGGCGGAGCUACUCACGGGGUACCCCCUCCUGCCGGGGGAGGACGAAGGGGACCAGCUGGCCUGCAUCAUCGAGCUCCUGGGCAUGCCCUCCCAGAAGCUGCUGGACGGAUCCAAAAGAGCGAAAAACUUUGUGAGCUCCAAGGGCUACCCCAGGUACUGCACCGUCACCACCCUGCCGGACGGCUCCACGUCGCUGUCAGGGGGCCGCUCGCGGCGGGGGAAGCUCCGGGGCACCCCGGGGAGCAAGGAGUGGGCGACGGCCCUCAAGGGCUGUGAUGACCCCCUCUUCCUGGACUUCCUCAAGCAGUGCCUGGAGUGGGACCCCGCUGUGCGCAUGACCCCCAGCCAGGCCCUGCGCCACCCCUGGCUGCGGAGGCGCCUGCCAAAACCCCCCGCCGGGGAGAAGACCUCCUCCGUGAAGCGGAUCACGGAGGGCCCUGGUGCUAUAACGUCGAUUUCCAAAUUACCUCCCAACUCAGGCUCAGGCUCCAAGCUGAGGACUAACCUGGCGCAGAUGACUGACGCCAACGGGAAUAUACAGCAAAGGACAGUGUUGCCAAAACUGGUCAGCUGAACUCUGAUGCGUUACAAGCCUAGUCCCAGUGAUUUCCUUUUUUUAAAAGGAGAUGCUCUAUGUCUGAAGGCACUAUGGAAGGCAAAAUGGAACACAGUUGCCCCCACUGCUGAGCGUCACUCAAGUUCGAAGGUUUUAGAUUUGGAUUUUUUUAUGCAUAAUUGUUGGCUUUUGUAGCACUGUUAUGUUGCAAAAAAUUUCAAACUGACAUUCAAAUGUAACGAACUGGCAGCAUGAAAGGGAACAAUGCUCUUAGGUUUUUAUCUCAGGACUGUGUGCAAUGUUGCAGGUUGCCAACAUUCAUACAAUCUGGCUGGAUAUAUUAUGAAGCCCAAGCAGUUUUAACACUUCUGCACUGUAGCGUAGGCAGAUAGAGUGGCUGGCCACAAUAAAGUAAUGAUGGUGUCUGCUUCAUAAGAAUCUGACAACGUUUGGUCAUUUACCUCAAUGUUGCAGGCCUGCAUCAUCUAUAUGGCAUGGAUAGGGCAAAGACUUACAUUUUAUGGAAUUUGUUUGCAUUUUUCUAGCUGACUUGAAGGAUGCUGUUGUCUCUGUGUGCAUAGAGGGUGAUUCUCUCAAGGAAGUGAGACGAAACGCAAAUAAAAGGGAAAGAGUGUGUUGAAGUGAGUGCCGGGUGAGGAAGGUGUUGACAGAGGAGGAAAAAUGAAAUUUAGAACAUUUACAUAACAGAUGUGGUAUGUGCAUAAAAUUCUGUUGACAUUCCUUAUGAGCAGAAGGGAAGAUGAGAGAAUGCAGAUUUGCCUACUCUACCUGUACCAGUCACAGCUGAAGGCAGCUGAGAAAGAUGAAUUCACAUCUUUCCAUAGAGGUGGAAGAGUACUGAUGUAUCAGGCUGUCAUGUGACUGAUCAUCUUUACCUAGUUGUUGUUCAGUGGUAGAGCCGCCUCAGAUGCAGGACAAACAGGAAGAACAGUUACACUGUUUGAAAAUUGAAAACAAAC